AUGGUGGGCUUAGAGUCAGACUAUCUGGCAUCACCCAACCACGAGAUUGUGCAUCGUCUUGAGCGCAUGCUUGCAAACCUGCCCAAUUCGAUCUGGCUCAAGCAGACUGGAUCCAAUUCCUUUUCGGCCGGGGUUCAUGGAACCUCGUCUACCAAUCCCAAAGUUUGCCAUUCCGGCAGUCUCGUUGGGGGCACUUUUGUGCCAGCCUUCCAGACUGGGCUGCCAUCCACACGACCAGUGGGGGAGCAGCACCACCUCACCCCGGUUUAUCACCACCAUCACUCCAUCAGCCCACCUCAUCAGCAUCACUAUCGCCAACAGCCUCAAUUGCAUCAACAUCGCGCUUAUCCGGUUAGUACGUUGAUGCCAUCGGCGGCUGUAGCAACGGGAGGCGUCGGAGCGACUACCUUCGGCCGAAUGGCUUCGGUGAGCAGUCCAAACGGAGCCGGUGACCCUGGCAACCUAGCACAACAGACACACACACCUGGCUAUCAAGGUGGGCGAAGGCGUAUGAAUGAUAUGUGCGUGCUGUGUGAUUCAUAA